AUGGGAGACGUUGUGUUGGGUGUUGUUGCCAGUGGCUUUGCAGUCGCAGCACUCUCUUUGCAGCUCAUUGAAGUUGCGCAAUCAUUACAUACAUUCUGGGACUCAUGUGGGAAAACAAACUCGAAGGUGGAACGCAUCAAGAGCCAUCUCUCAUUGCUUCAAGUGAUUUCUUGCAGCAUUAUCGAGGUUUGUGAUAGAGAGCCUGAUCUACAGUACGGGAGUGCCGUCAUCGAGAGUUUGGAAAUAUGCAAGAAAGAAACAGAGAAGCUGUGUGAUCUUGUUUCUGUCAAAAACAAAAGCACUCACCGUGCUUCCAAAAAGUGGUCAAGUUUGAAAAUCACUUUGAAAGAUAAAACUAUAGACAAAAUAGAGUCUCAACUAAGCGGCGACCUUACGCUGCUUAUUCUCGCUCUUCAGCCUUUCUACCAUGGUUUGAGUAAGAAAUCGUCUCGCACCACGAACAGUUCGGACGAGCCAUCCUACGUCAAGCACAAAAUCGAAAUCAACGCGAAGCUCUCCGCGGUUGAAACAUCCGAAUUUGAGAGAUUGUUCGCUCAUCACAACAUAUCCCGCUCCCGUACCGAUGUAGGGAGUGGAAUUUUACAAUGCUACAGUGAAGGUUAUCGGAUAUUCAAGAUUGACACCAACGCCACCUUUCUAUGGGUACUUGGCGUCUUUGGAUGUCCAACACCUCAAUGGCUUCGUCGACUUUCCUGGAACCAUAUUGUCAGGUUUGUAUACACAAAUGCGAGUGAUGACUUAGGGUUACUGAAUACUCCUAUGCGGAAAGUCUUCAAAACACGUCUUGAGGUGCUGAUGCCCCUAUUAUCCUUUCAAGUUCAACUUUUAAGAUGUCCGUUAUCAAUAACCUCAUACCAUCUGGUACAUUGUCAAUCUGAAAUAUUUACAUUGUGCUUAGAGGGUAAUCUGAAAGGCGUCCAAUUACUGAUCAACAAGUCAAGAAUGUCGCCUUUUGUCGUCAAUCAACAUGGCGAGAAUCUACUCCAUGCCGUUGCACGAAACGCUCACGACGCUUUGUGCCUAUAUUUGAUUGACAUAGGGGUCGACGGAGCUGCAUAUGACGCUCGACUUCUCACUCCACUCGACCACCUUGUUCGAAAACUCCCACCAAGCCUAGGACAGCCUAAUCGUGUCGUCAACACUAUUAGAGCUCUGGUUGAAAAGAGUCAAUGCCAGCCUCUCCUACCUGUCACGAAUAAUGCCAUCGCAUAUUACAGCGGACCAGAGGAAGGCUUUGCUUGGCUGUUCAACGCUGAAUACGGGCAGGCAGAUCUUGAGGCUCUAGACUCAGAAGAGUGGACACUGCUCGGUGAUGCCGCUUUUGUUUUUGGUUGGUGGUCCCAGAUUGUCACCGAAGUGUCACUUGGGUGGCAGAGCCUCUAUCUCCUCAAACGCGGAGCAGAUCCUCACUCUGAGAACUCACGACGGCGUAUAACCCCAUUGGACGCCUUCCUUAGAGGUAGCUCCGCGCAUGGAAUAAGUCAUGCCCGUAAAUGGCUUCAGAUCGUUGCUCAAAGUGGAAUGAGCGUUCGGGAGUAUGCCUUGAAAGAACAGAGUCUACACGGACUGGAGCAUUGUUUGAUUGGAACAUGGGACCAUGAUCUUUAUCGAUGGCUGCCAGUCAAACACAAGGUUCUGUACGCGUAUGGUGAAGAGCCCGAUGAAGUUGUUAUUUGGGUUGAACCUUAUGAUGCAUUAGGUUGGUUUGGCUGUGGGAAAUGGGAUCUUGUAUUGCUCGCUGCCCCUUUCUGUGGUUCUGAGGCGACAAUGUCUCGAUGGCGGAUCGAGAAUACAGCUAUAGAAGAGCUGGAAUCAGGAGAGGCAAUUGAAGGUGAUGGGAUCUUUGAUCAAAGACAAAAGGUGCGCAAGGAGACUGGGUUGAAAAUUACGAAGGUGGGAAUGUGGCACCCUGUUGGUGCGAGUCAUUUUAUGUGCAAUCUGAUGAUCCAAAUCACUCUGAAAUAA